CCAUGGUAUUCGAUCUACCUAUAACCCCCUCCCAGCAAACCCACAGCUUCAUUCAUUUAUGCAUUGUACCCGCCCACCCAUCUUCCAUUCCAUGUUAAUCCGUUUAUCCUUUUUUUUAUUUCUCCCUAGUUGCACUACCAGCCAACACCGGAACUCCUCAAUCAGCCAGCCAGCCUUUCAAAUCAGCAAUCACCUCGCCUGCUAUCUAGCUUUUAACACACGUCGAAAAAAAAAUAGGAAGGGAACUAAAACAAGCACGAAAAGCAAGAUACAAUGCUGCUAUUGUAUAUAUCCUACAGAUCGAGAAAGUGAUUCAAUUCUCUCUCUGGUAUUCCUUCCUCCUCCGCCUCACUUAUCCUCCAGUGAGCAGAUACCACUUUUGUAUCUUUGCCCCUCCAGGCGAAUGCAGUAAUUUCUUUCUUUCUUCCUUCCAUUUGUCGUAUCUCCUUUGAGAGACCGAUGGACUUAACCGUCCUUGUGACAUCUCAACGCAAUGGCUGUGAGAUUGUCCACAGCUUGUUGAAACCCGGAGAUAUAGUCUCAUUCAUCCAUUACCCCCUUUUGAGGUUUCCAUCCAGGCAAUUGCUUGCUGGCGAGGUGUGAUCAUACCUCGAGCCUUAUCUUCGUUCUUCCACCAUCCACCGCGGCUCGGCACUU